GCCCGUCGACUCUUCUCCCUCCAGCCAGCUGCCUCCGUGUCUUCUCUCCUAGUCCCUUUCCUUUCAAUUGCCCAUUUGCAUCUCUUCAAUUGUACUUUAUACCCUUUAAUAUCUUCCCCUUGACAACUCUAUCUGCUUUCUCUCCCCUCGAUCUCAAAAUGGCCUCCCCCCGCGCAGCCUCCCCUCUCACCUCCGGCGCCGAAUCCGGCCCCGACAACAAGGCCCCUGGCUCCGGCGCCGCCGCCGCCUCGGGUUCCAGCGUCAACCGUCCCUCGUCUCCCACUCCCCCGGGUGGUCCCCGCGCUGCGCUGCGCCGUCGCGCGGCCGCCGAUCACAAGGAGACCCUGCGCAAUGCGAGACCCAGCUCGACGCGCUCGGCUGGUGCCGGUGGCUCCUCCGGUACGAUGCUGAAGCUCUACACUGAUGAGAGCCCCGGUCUGCGUGUGGAUCCCGUCGUCGUGCUGGUUUUGAGUCUUGGGUUUAUUUUCUCGGUUGUGGGUUUGCAUGUUAUCGCGAAGAUUACCCGCAAGUUCUCUGCGUGAGCAUGAAAUGCAGCUCAUUUAUCCGAUGUCGUCUUUAUGCACUAGUCGAGCGGGCGAUGUCGAGUGAGCAGCGCGGUGUUCUAAACCGUGGCCUUGCUCCUGACAUGGCGUGGCUACUAGCUGCUACGGCAACGACAUCGGUGAAAACGUGUCUACAACCUUAAUCCUCAUACUCAUACCUUCAAUCGCAUAUACCCCCUUGGUGUCUCCUUCCCCGCCUCCGCCUUACCCCGGUGCCAUAUCCAUAUCGCGGGGCAGGGACCGUUCCUCUUGAAAUCGUUCUGUUUUAUUGUCUGCAAGUUUGGCGUUGAAAACCUGUCUGCUGAACAGGUGGGAAGAUCUGAGUUCGCUCGGGUCGUGUGGCCGGUGAUUUGCCGGCCGUGGGGAUGUCGUGCUGGGGAGCAUGGACGGACUGGAAUGGAAUGGAUUGGCUAUGUAUAAUACCAGUGCUUGCAAUGGAUGUUUAUCCUGUCUGUUUCA